CAAAUGGGAAUUACCCAAAGAAUUGCCGACUGCUGACGUGUCGUCUACUGCCUGCCCCUUUCUUCUUCUUCUCGCUCUCUCUCUCUCCCUCUCUCACUUCAACGGCUCCGCCACGCUCAUCACUGAUCGAUCGCUUCACUUCCUCGAUGAAGAAGACGAUGAAGACGAGAGCUUGAUUGAGAGCAGUAGCAGAAGAAGAAGAACAAUUUCCGUCUCGAGCUCUGGAAACCCUAGCAACUUCCAUCACCAUCAGAUCUCGGCAGUCAACUCACAGCUCCUCCACUUGUUAAUCAUGAAGAAGAAGGUGCCUGAUUGGCUCAACAGCUCCCUCUGGUCCUCCGCUCCUCCGCCUCCUCCCCCCGACAGCAUUAGCCGCCUCGACUCUGAACCGGCCCCCGCCCCCGCCCCCGCCCCCGCCCCUCCGCCUCCGCCCACUGAGCCGCCCGUGCCGGUGCCGCCCCCAUCGGUUGUCAGGGAGGAGCCUCCGAAGCCAGAAGUUGUUAACUCGAGGAACGGCAAUGGGGAUGAUGGGAAUGCGUGGCCUGAACGCCCAUCUACCGAUGACAUUUCCAGGCAAUCUAUGCUCUUGGCCGAGUUAUCGAAGAAGGUGAUAAAUAUUGGGGAGUUGAGGAGAAUUGCAGCACAGGGGUUACCAGAUGGUGCUGGGAUUCGUUCCACCGUGUGGAAGCUCUUAUUGGGAUAUUUGCCUAUAGAUCGUGGGCUUUGGUCAUCUGAAUUAGCAAAAAAGAGGUCCCAGUACCAGAGCUUCAAAACAGAGCUGCUAAUGAAUCCGUCAGAAAUUACCAGAAAGAUGGACAAAUCCACAAUUUCUGAGAAUGAUGAUUCAAAGUCAACCAGCGGUGAGCUUUCAAGAGCAGAUAUAACUCAUGGAGAGCAUCCUCUAAGCCUUGGGGAAUCCAGCGUCUGGAAUAAGUUCUUUCAGGACACAGAGAUUAUAGAGCAGAUUGACCGAGACGUAAAACGGACACAUCCGGACAUGCACUUUUUCUCUGGGGACUCCCCGGAUGCAAAGGAUAAUCAGGAGGCUCUGAAAACCGUUUUAACUAUUUUCGCAAAGUUAAAUCCUGGCAUAAGAUAUGUCCAAGGGAUGAAUGAAAUUCUGGCUCCUUUAUACUAUGUAUUCAGAAAUGAUCCUGAUGAGGAAAACGCGGCCUCUGCUGAAGCUGACUCCUUCUUUUGCUUUGUUGAGUUAUUGAGUGGAUUCCGAGAUAACUUCUGUAAGCAACUGGACAACAGUGUUGUGGGAAUUCGCUCAACAAUUACAAGGCUGUCCGACAUGCUGAAGGAACAUGAUGAGGAACUGUGGCGUCAUCUGGAGGUCACUACAAAAGUGAAUCCCCAAUUUUAUGCCUUUAGAUGGAUCACUCUCCUCUUGACUCAGGAAUUUAAUUUUGCGGACAGCCUUCAUAUAUGGGACACCCUUCUCAGUGACCCAGAAGGUCCUCAGGAAACCGUGCUUCGUAUCUGCUGUGCGAUGCUUAUUCUGAUAAGGAGACGGCUGCUAGCUGGUGAUUUCACCUCGAACCUGAGGCUCCUUCAAAACUACCCCUCGACAAAUGUAGGGCACCUUCUCUAUGUUGCCAACAAGCUACGUACUACACCAUCAGGUUAAUUUUGCAUCUCAAAUUUUCGUGCACCGUGUCGCUUAUGGCAGUGUUCCCCUGCUUAUGUACUUUGAGAUACUUGUAAUUGUGUAUUAGUAGGUGCUGAUAUCUGUUAGAUUUUUCAGCUUGUCAAUUCGGUCACUUUGUUCAUGUCCCAUUUUUCUGUGCUGAUAAAUGCCAGUCCUUUGUUGACCAUGUAUCUUGUUAUCGCCAGUCCUCUGUUUCUUUCUUUCUUUUUCUUUUUUUUUUUUGCCCAGAGAAGAAUAGUUUACUUUUGUUUAUUUGGUUGUCUUUGGAAACAACCUGAAACAUCAUGUGGUCAUUGUUUUGCCUAACUAUCGACAAAUUGGCAA